AUUUAAAUCAGGGUGAAAUGUGUGUUUGAGAAAAGUCAUGAUAUUUUUAAACGUUCAGCAGACGAAGAUUUCCCGCUAUUUUUAGAAGUCAACAGAGAUGGAGAUGUCUGAUGAUGAAGUACUGUAUGAUAAGAAAUCCAAAGGGAAAGCUAGUAAGAGAAAAAAUAAUGAAGACUCUGGCCCAAGUAAAAAAAGAACCAAAGACAGAAAGGUGGAGGAUAACAGUGAUGAUGAUGAUGACUUCAAUCUAACUCAACAAGCUGAUUUUGAUGUUCAGACAAGAGAAGCUGACAUAGGAAUUAUAGAACGGAUCUCUAUGAAAAAUUUUAUGUGCCAUAGUAGAUUGGAUGUUCGAUUAGGACCUCAUGUAAACUUUGUAGUAGGCAGAAAUGGGAGUGGCAAAAGUGCAAUAGUAACAGCUCUAGUGGUAGGAUUGGGUGGAAAAGCUUCAGUAACCAGUAGAGGAACAACAAUUAAAAGUUUCAUUAAAAAUGGAAAACAAACUGCUGAAUUGGAGAUUCAUCUACGGAACAGAGGAGCUGAUGCAUAUAAACCUGCUGAAUAUGGCAAUACAAUUAUUGUGGAGAGAAAAUUUACAAAAGAUGGAGGAAGUGGUUAUAAAAUCAAGUCCAAAGAUGGUAAAAUAAUAUCCUCUAAAAGAGAAGAUUUGAAUUGUAUAUUGGACCAGUUCAACAUACAAGUAGAUAAUCCUGUGUCAAUUUUAAAUCAGGAUACAAGUCGUCACUUCCUCAAUUCAAAGAGUCCUCAUGAUAAGUAUAAGUUUUUCCUAAAGGCCACACAGCUAGAACAAAUGAAGGCUGAUUACCAGACAGCUGAUCAACAUCGAGAGGUUACUAAAGAGGUCAUUGAGAAAAAGGAACAGAUGCUUCCGAAACUUGAAAAAGAAGUAUUAGAUUGGGAACAGAAGUUUAAAUCUUUGACUGCAAUAGAUGACUUAAAGAAGAAAAUUGAUAGAUUGAAAGAAGACAUGGCUUGGGCUUUUGUUAGUGAAAAAGAGAAGGGAUUACAACCUUUGGUUAGAGAGCAUGAUUCAGAGAAAGCUAGAAUGCCAAGAUUUGAACAGAAAGUGGAAGAAGCAAAGGAUAAUGUUAACAAAUUUGUUAAUCAACAAAAAAGUAUUCAAGAGCAAUUAAAGGCUGCAAGUGAAGAUGUUCUACUACUACGACCAAAAUAUGAAGAAUUAAAAGAAGUUCUUGGACAAAAGAAAAAGUUUGCCAGAAAUGCAUUGGAUGAUUUUAAAAGAGUAGAAAACACAUUGAAAAAGAAUCAGAGAGAGAAAAGUGCCUUGGAGGCUAGGAUUAAAGAAUUACAGAAAAGUGCCCAGCAUGAUUAUGAAUCUGAGAGGAGAGGAAGGGAAGAGAAAAUAGAAAAACUGAUGGAACAAAUCAAAGGAUUGCAAGCUCAACAGCACACCACAGAACAUCAAAAUGAACAAUUCAGAAGUGCUGUCACUAAGUACAAAGCUGAUAUGUAUGAAAUCAACCAAGAAUUCCAAGCAUUGAAAUCCAAUGAAGCCAGAAAAUCCAAGACCUUACAAAGUCUACAUGCAGCAAAAAAUGAUAAAUACAAGAGAUUUGGUGCCUAUGUACCAGCAGUACUGAAAAGUAUAGACGAACAUUGUAGGAAGGGAGCAUUUCAUCAGCGACCUAGGGGUCCAAUAGGAGCCUGCUUUCACCUUAAAGACCAAAAGUGGGCAUUACCUGUUGAACGUUGCCUUGGAAACUUAAUAAGUUCCUUUUGUUGCAAUGAUCACCAUGACCAGAAACUUUUAGACAGUAUUUUGGAUCGACACUGUGGUGACAGAUCUCGUCCUUCUAUUAUAACAAGCAAAUUUAAGGAUAAAGUGUAUGAUACAUCAAGACUGAGAGUACAGAGUGAUGAAUUCCCUGCUGUAAUAGAUGUUUUAGACGUAGAAGAUCCAGUUAUUGCUAAUUGUCUUAUUGAUCAGAGAAGCAUAGAGCUUAUUUUGUUGAUAGCUGAUAGAAAAAGAGCCACUCAAGUUAUGGACCCUGAAUUAAGACCAGGUCCUCCCAAAAAUUGUAGAGAGGCGUUCACUUUGAGUGGUGAUCAGUUAUACUGUUUUCCUUCACUUCGUCAUUACUCUUGUAACUAUGAUAGAGCUAAAUUCCUGACAGCCAAUGUGGAAGAAGAUAUUCUGAAAAUGGAGGAAGAAUUGCAUGGGAUUAGAUCUGAUUUAGACAAGAAUAGACAAAAGCAAAGAAAUCUGAAUACAGAAAUUAGCAGGAAUGAGAAUGAAGGGAAGAAAACAGAUACUCAGUUGAUGAAAAUUCAUCAGAAAAUAAGAAAGUUUAAUACAGACAUGGAGGAUUUGAAGAGUAUAGAAGAUCCAGCACCAGUUGAUGUCACCACAUUGGAGGAGGAAGUUGAAAAUUUAAAAGAAUCAAUUCAAGCACAUGAAGAUCAAAAAUCAGAGAAACAGGGAAGAUAUGAGGAUGCUCAAAUAGAAGUAGAUGAGGCUGAUUCUAACUUCAAAGUUAUUGAGAAAGAAAUGAGGAGUAAAGCUGAAGGAGGUGAACCCCUUAGAGACGAUCUAGGAAAAGUACAGGCAGAAAUAGAACAGGCCAAAAGUCAUAAAAAACAUUAUGAAAUGAAAUUCAAGGAGCAAGAAAAGAAGAUAGCUGAUUUGAAAAAGAAAAUAGAUACUUAUAAGGCAGAAAUACAGACUGAUAUAGACAAAGCAUGUAUUGUUUGUCCUGAGAGACGGAACACUCGUAGAAGUGUAACCAAUCUAGAAAGUGAAAUAAAUCAGAUAAAUAAAAGAAUUAAGACAGAAGAGAAAAGCCGUGGCAACCCUGAAGAAAUUACCAGGAGGUACAACGAAACUAAGGAGUCCUACCAAAAAAUACGAAGAGAAGUGAGACAAUGCAGGACAUUUAUUGAGAGAUUAGAAAAAGUCAUGAUACAAAGACAACAACAGUAUUAUGAAUUUCGUCGUUUCAUCGCCAUGAGAGCAAAAUACUUCUUUAUUGUUCUACUCAGUAAUAGACAAUAUACUGGGAAAAUGAUGUUUAGCCAUCCCAAGGAAACCCUUGAAAUGUCUGUUCAACCUCCGACUGCUGAAGGUGAAAUAAACCGAGAUAUGAGGUCGUUGUCAGGUGGAGAAAGGUCGUUUGCCACUGUAUGCUUCAUUUUAGCACUGUGGGAUGCUAUGGAGUCACCGUUCAGAUGUCUUGACGAAUUUGAUGUAUUUAUGGAUAUGAUCAAUCGUAGGAUAUCUAUGGAUAUGAUGAUGCAUGUAGCUCAGUCACAGAAACAUAAACAGUUUAUUUUCCUGACACCACAGAACAUGAGUCAACUUGGGAUUGCUAUUGCUGACCUGCACAUCUUUAGAAUGCCAGAUCCAGACAGAGGACAGGGAACCCUGCCAUUUGAAAAUGUUAACAGACAGCAAGAGGAUGAAGAUGAGGAUUAAUAUAUCCAUGGAUAUAUCAUACUGCCGUCCACAACUGUAUUGUUUGAUUUUUUUCAGAAUCAGACAAUAUUUUAUGAAACCAAGAAGUAUUCCUAGAGAAAAAGUUUCAUUUUUAUGUCUUACUUUCUGUACUUUUUAGUAAAUUGUUCGAAACUUGAGUAUAACAUUGAAAAGAAACUUUUAGUGCUGUUGUUUUACUUGUGCAGUCAGUUUGUUUUUAAAUUGAAACAAACAAUAAACCACUAAGUUUUAUUGAACAUAUGUGCCGUGGUGAACUCAAUCACAUCUGAAAUUUGUUAUCUGAAUUGGAAGAUAAUGGAUAAAAGCAGCUGUUAUAAAAUAUUAAUAUAGAAACAGUUUACAAAGUCUUGCAGCAAAUCUUCCACUACCAUAUAUAAUGUUAACUUUACCAUUUUAUUUGAAUUAAGUGAUUUAAUUGAAGUAUGUCAUCUGUGUUAACUUAGUUUGUUCAUUUCAACACAUUAGUCUGAUAUUUAAACUUUAUUUUUUACUCAAUUGUUUCUUUACAUCAAUCCAUAAGCUAUGUAAAAGCUGACAAAGUUAAAAUAUGAAGUUGUUUUAGUUUUUAUCAUAAACAUAAUCAAGUUAUAAUUCCAUCCUAAUGAUAGGGUUGUUUUUCAUAUUCAUUCAUUUUAAAUCACAUGAUGGGACCAAAUAUCAAACAUGAGUUGUAUGUGACUAAUGACAUUGUUACAUGUAUAAAUAUUAAUCAAAUUGUGGUAAAAAAAUGAUUUUUAACAAUUUGAAAUCAUAGUUCAGAAAAAUAUGUGAAAAAUGAUUCCACUUUAUCCAUUAUUAAUUUUUUGGGGGCAAAGUUGUGUGUGUGAUGAUUUGUUUUUAAGUAGUAAAAUUAUGUUAUAAACUCAACCUUGUAAACACUUGAGUGGUCAAGCAUUUUGUUAAUCUAGUCAAAAAUAAUUUCUUAGUAUUAUAUAAAUAUGUGGAGAGUGCUUUUGUAUAGUUACUGUCAUUUUUGUUGUUGUUGAUUAAGUAAGGAAAACAAUAUUAACUGACAAUGCAGUUGUAGAAAUGUCUUUGUAACUGAUGUUUCUGUUAACAUAGACCUAUGGAAAAUGUUUGAAGAUUGCAAGAAUCAGUGUUCUGAGCUAUUUGUUUUCCAGUUACAUAUUUAGAACUAUCAUCAAAAUUAAUUGCAAAACUAAAAUAAAGUGUUAAUAAUAAGUGUAACCAAUUUAAAUUGUCUCAUCAAGAGUUGUGCUGUUGAAAUUUGUUUUUAAUGUUUUUUAUAUGAAUGAUGACCAGUUUUGAUAUCUUCAUAAAAAGACACAUACUUUUGUUGAACAUUUAUUAACCAAUGUAACAUCACCAUAUACGUUUUAGUCAUCUUUGUUAUCAAAUUUUUACUUGUGUUCAAUAGUGCCUUUAAAAAUUGUGCUGUUAAUAAAUUGUUUACUUUGGCA